AUGCGUAGUUUCAGAGGCGGAAGCUUCAAGGCUGCGAAGAAGAAAGGGGAAAUAAUGAGCAAGGUCUCGAAUUUCUCCGAUCUAAUUCAACGAGUCGCGGCGUCUUGCCUGCUCCAUCCGCUCGCCGCAGAGAGGUACGACUCCGGCGACGGCGCCAGGAAUCGCGACGCCGAUGAGGUGUACGAGUACGAAACGGACGAGAACGAAGAAGAGGAAGAGGAGGAAGAGGAAGAGGAAGAUGAGGGACAGAGUCGAGUGGGAUAUUGCAGAGCGAAGGAGGUGGAGCCGAAGGAGACGAUAAUGGUGGAGGUUUUUGAGGCGGUGGCGGCGAUGAAGAAGGCGUACGUGAGGUUGCAGGAGGCGCAUUGUCCAUGGGACGCGGAGAAGAUGAGGGCGGCGGACGAGGCGGUGGUGGCGGAGAUGAGGAAGAUCGCCGUGCUGAGAGAGAGGUGGAGGAGGAUUAAUGUUUGUGGCGGCGGCGGCGGAAGAGGGAGAGGAGGAAUGGUGAUGUCGUCGGCGGCGACGGUGAGGGAGGUGGUGGCGCCGUACGAGGCGGCGGUGGAGGAGCUGAGGAGGGAGGUGAAGGCGAGGGAGCUCGAGGUUGAGAAUCUCAAGGAGAAGCUCAAGAUCUCCGCCGGAGGCGGCACCGGAGGAGGGAAGAAGGGCAGGUCUCCGUCGAGGAAGAAAGUCAGCUGUAGUCAAUCUCAAGUUGCACCAUCGCCAUCACCGGAGCUAUACGAGGCGGCAAUGAGCAAAGUAAACGACGCACUAAGAUCCUUCACGUCCCUUCUUCUCUCCUUAAUGAGGUCCGCCCAUUGGGACAUAGGCGCCGCCGUCCGCUCCAUCGAAGCCGCCUCCAUGGCGGCCGAUAACCCAACAGCCAGUGUCGGAACCAUAACCACAACCUCCUCGCCGAUAACCGCCCAGCACGCUAAGUACGCCCUGGAGUCCUACGUUUCACGUAAGGUCUUCCAGGGGUUCGACCACGAGACAUUCUACAUGGACGGAAGCCUCUCGUCGCUGCUCAACCCCGAGCAGUUCCGCCGCGACUGCUUCACCCAGUACCGUGACAUGAAGGCCAUGGACCCCUCCGAGCUUCUCGGGAUUCUGCCCACGUGUCACUUCGGGAAAUUCUCAUCCAAGAAGUACCUGGCCGUGGUUCAUCCCAAGAUGGAGGAGUCGUUGUUCGGGGACUUGGAGCAGCACCGCCAGGUCGUGGCUGGGAACCACCCGAGGAGUCAGUUCUACGGACAGUUCUUGGAGCUGGCCAAGGCCGUCUGGCUUCUGCAUCUGUUGGCAUUCUCGCUCGGCCCGGUUCCGAGCCUGUUUGAGGCCAGCCGAGGGGCUGAGUUUCACCCUCAGUACAUGGAGAGUGUCGUGAAGUUCCCCGGCGGGAGGAUGCCAUCGAGUAUGGUGGUGGGGUUGCCGGUGAGUCCCGGGUUCAAGCUGUGGAAUGGGGCGGUUAUCAAGGCCCGGGUUUACUUGGUGUCGAGGAGUUGAGGCGCUUACUCAAUUGUGAUGAUAUGUAUGUUAGUGAGGAAUGAGGAUCUUGUGUUGUUGUGUUUGAGGUGAAAGUGGGCAACAUAUAUUAGGACUGGGAAGCAAGUAAAAUAGUUGAUUUUGUAAUCUCUAAGUAGUAAUGGUUUGUUGAUGUUUUAUAUCAGGAGGGAAAACAAAAAAAAAGGUUUUGUUUAUGUUGAGAUGUGCAUUUUAAUGGCAUUCUCAAACUUCCUAUCAUGGUCAAGUUCAGGGUAAAACUUUAAUAGUACUUCUUGAAUCUGAUAUUGAUUAUGAAA